UCCCAAUUCCACAGCCAGGCCCAGAAACACUUAAGUUGUCAGGGCUGGAUAUUGGAGCCGUGCGUGAGAAAACAACUGAGAAAAUAACUUCAGAGAGCCGCCGACGCCGCCAUGCCACGGAAUUUCUGAGUCAAGCCGCCGUUGCUCAUCCAGCCCAGCCACUCCUCACCUUGGACAGAGGCGCUUGUCUCAAAUCAUGCAUUAGUUUUGUAUACUAUGUAACGCUAUGGCGAAACCUUAUAUAAAUACGUUAUUAGCAUAAAUCGUUCUGAACAGUCAGAGAUGAUGUCGCGACCAGGACAGACCCACAACAGCAGCAGCGGCAGCACCCGCUGGCACUCAUCUGCAUCGCUUCUACUGCUGAUGAUAAAUGCAAUCUGCUGUGUAACAAGUCAAUAUGCAUCACCUUAUGGCAGCAGCAGCAGCAGUCAGGCUUAUGGCUACAAUCUGCCACAACAACAGCAGCAACAGCUGCAGCAGGAAAAUGCUUAUGCAAGCCAACAGCAGCUGAACUACGCUCAACAGCAAUAUCCCUACGUCGCAGCACAAGUGCAAUCUCUUUGGACUGGAGCUCCCAUUGUAGUCAGCGAUAAUCUAUACAGCGCGAACAGCAAUCUGGGACAGGAACAACAGGAGCAGCAACAGCAGCAGCGUUAUGUACCCAUCAACGGCUAUUAUGGUGAGGAUUACCCCGGGCGACAGUCGACACCAUUCAGCAAUUGGCGCUACAACAAUCCCGAGAGGCAGAGGAAGGAACUGGAGGUGCCAACACGUGCAGGGAAUCACAACUACAACAAUGUGCCUGGUUAUGUUUACUACCAACAGCAGGAGACUCCGGUACAGCCACGAUUACAGCCCACAGCUCAGCCACGAUUCCAGCCUGGCUAUAGGCCCCAGUUUGGCCCCGAGCUAGACUCCAGCGAAGCACGCCGCGAAGAGGAGCAAGUGGUUCGCAUUGGUGGCAGUCGCACGUUGGCCGGUAACAAUUAUAACCGCAACUACAACGAUAAUCCAAACUACUUUGAGCCAGCACAGCCCUGGCAGCGACGUAAUUUCGAGCAGAAAUAUGCCGAGCACUUUUCCAAUUAUCUUCGCAAAUAUCCGCAGCGCUUGCAGCCAGUCUACAACACGCGCGAGGACUUUGUUGACAAAUGACAAAGUGCUAAGGGAAGCCUCUAUCUAGUUUUAGAUCUUAUAAGAAUAAAUAUUGAAUAAAUC